AUGGACUUAGUAAUUAAAGAAAAAUUCCACGUUUUGACUGAGCAGAUCAAUUAGCCUGUUUCAAACACAGCCAAUAACAACGCCGGUGUUUUUUCUACAGAUAGAUCAAAUACCAACACUCCCUCUGCCAGACCGGCAGUAGUUUAACUCAAGCCUACCAAGUAUGUUGAUGUGCUUAAGGAUUAGAAAAUCGAGUUGUCAAAGCAAGAUAUUCAACAUUAGAUAACUCAUUACUACGAUACUAUAGAGUAUGAUCUAAGUAACCUCAUCAAGUUCAAGCUGUCCUACUCACGCUAUAUUAAGUUUGUGUAUAUCGGCUAUAACUGUAUAGUCAUGGCUAUUAGUGUAGCUCUAGUAUCAGUUUAUGAAAAGAAUGACAAUAACCAUGAUCAUUCACAAAGUGACUGUGAAAACAACUUUAAUACGAUUUUACCUACUCAGAUGAUAUUUUUGGGUUUUGCUAUAUUCAUGUUCUACUUUGCUGUAUUAAAGGCCAUUAAGAAUGUAGAAUACUCAUCAUUUUAUAAGUUUAAAGGAAGAGAGUCAAGCAACUAGGCAGAUAAAUAUAUGCAACUCAAUAAUUCCUCUGAAACAUCCACCAAGGUUUUUUUAAUGUUCAUAGAUGUGAUCAGUUUUAUCGUUGGAUUAGUUUUGCUUGUCUAUUACAUAGUUUAUAAUAAUAAUGUAGUCGAAGACAAAAAGUAAUGCGAAGAUAAAAAGCAUUAAUUUGAAAAUGAUCUCAUCUUCGCUUUCGCCAUAGCUGAUAUUUUCACCAUAAUAAGGCUACUGAUAACCUACCUAUUAUUCAUUAGGUUCUCAAGAGUGAUUAAUAAGUAGACGAAUGACGAGAUCUAUAAUAAAUUAAAUCUAGCAGUCCGUUUACCUUCAAUUACAUACAAAAACUAUUAAUAACAAAUACGAUAAUAGAAUGAAGAAAUAUUAAAUAGCAGUCGAUAUGAAAAUUUCAGCUGUCCUAUAUGCUGCGAAAGAAUGGCAGAAGACAUGGAAGUUACUUGGCUUGAAUGCAGUUUCAAUCAUUUGUAUCAUACGGAAUGCAUUAUUUAAUGGCUUAAGAAAGGAGAUUGCUGUCCGCUUUGUAAACACAGUAUUACUAACAGUAGAACUGAUUAGGCCAUUAAAAGCAGUAAUGCAGAUGCAAGUGCUCGUGGAGGUGAACCAAACAGUAUAGAUAUGUUUGGCUCAUUCUCUAAUCUUUAAACCUAGGAAAUAAUGAUAUGA